GCUGCUGAAUCCUCUCUGACUAUCUGAGCUGAAAGAUGGACGGCUGACAGGCAGCUCAGGCUCGGACUGAGGUUCAGGUUCAGAUUCGGACAGUCUGAGGGAGAGCUGACCUGUCCAGCGGGGGGAUUUCACUUCUGACUCCGCGGAAACUACGAAAGCUGAGCUGUAUUGACAGUGGCGCCCCCUGCUGGGCGGGGCAGGUGGAUGAUGAUGCGUGCAGGGGGGAAGUGGCUCAGUAACGGCUCGGAGGCCCUCAGCAGUGACCCUGAGGAAGAGGAGGAUGGAGAGGAGAUGGUGUUUGGGGAGAAUGAUGAAGAGUCGGAAGAGAUGAUGGACUUAAGUGACCUGCCCACCGCACUGUUCGCCUGCAGCGUCCACGAGGCCGUGUUCGAGGAGGACAGACAGCGGGAACGGUUUGAGUCGCUGUUCCGAAUCUAUGAUGAUCAGACGUCAUUCCAGAUGUUUAAGAGUUUCCGGAGAGUCCGGAUUAGCUUCAGUACGCCGGAGGCUGCAGCUCGCGCUCGCAUCGAGCUCCAUGAGUCUGAGUUCAACGGCUCCAAACUCAAACUCUACUUCGCACAGGUGCAGAACUCAGGUGAGGAUGUGGAUAAGACGUACCUGGCUCCACCCCAGCCUAUGAAACAGUUUCUCAUCUCCCCACCCGCAUCUCCACCUGUAGGGUGGAGUCAGGGGGAGGACGCCACGCCCGUCAUCAACUACGACCUGCUGUGUGCUGUGGCCAAGCUGGGGCCAGGGGAGAAGUAUGAGCUUCACGCGGGCACAGAGUCCACUCCCAGCGUAGUGGUGCACGUCUGCGAGAGCGAGACGGAGGAGGAAGAGGAGGCCCGGCCCAAGAUGAAGAUCGUCCAGACCAGACGUCCCGAGAGCCCACCGAAAGUCUUCAACUAAAACCCCCCUCCACGCUCUCACACACUGCACGUGUCCUCUGUCUCAACCUGUCUCUCUCUCUCUCACUUGCUGUGGGGGGGGAGACACCCUUCAUUUCAGCUCUAAUAAAAAUUAUAAAAUAAAAUUUUAAAGAUGAUCGGGCCGGUCGCUGAGGGGAGGGGCUUGUUUCGGUUGCCUCUGUGAUGGAUGGACAGAGUUGGUCUGGACUGGAGGAAACGAAAGUGACACACUUGACACAUCACUGUCCCACGGAGCAGACAGGGUGGCGUUUUUUUUGGGGAGGGUGGGGCGGGGUCUGAACCACCCCCCUCUCCUUCAAUUCAAGCACUUUUUCACUCACUCAUGUAGAGUUAGUCACAUUAGUGUAGCAAUAGGUGCUGUAGUGAUAUAUCUAUCUGUAGUAGUAGUGGUUUACUAUCAGACUUUGUUACUAUCAUUCACUGACAAUUCAGAAAUGCUUUAAAAAAGGGAAGCAAAAAGUUAUUUUCAUUAUUGUUUUUUUUUCGCAUAUCAGGCGAUGUGUCGGGUUUAGACGCCACACGGUCCCGAUGUGUGUGACGAAUGUACUGAGGGUUAAUCGCGAAAACACACACUGUCUGAGGUGUCGUGAAGAGG